AUGGGGAAGGCGGCGGCGCUGUGCGGCAGCCGCGGGCUGGUGUCGCUGCUCAGCGCCGUGCCCUGCCUGCCCCGCCGGGACCUGCCGGCCAUGAGCGCCGAGCCGGGCGGCCGCGCCACGGCGGCGGGGGCCGGGCCGCCCGCCGCGCCGGGCUCCGACACCUACAAGGGCUGGCUCUUCAAGUGGACCAACUACCUGAAGGGCUACCAGCGCCGCUGGUUCGUGCUCAGCAACGGGCUGCUCAGCUACUACAGGUCUUCAGCAACUGUCAGGAGUGAUGGCUCCGCUUGGAAGCGUGUGAAAAGCACCCAGGUGCCAGCCCGGAGGAUGGGGACGCAGGCAGAAAUGGCCCACACGUGUCGCGGGACCAUCAACCUGUCCACGGCUCACAUCGACACGGAGGACUCCUGUAACAUUGUGCUUUCCAACGGGGGAAGGACCUACCACUUAAAGGCCAACUCGGAAGUGGAGAGGCAGCGCUGGGUCACGGCCCUGGAGCUGGCCAAAGCCAAAGCCAUCCGCAUGAGGAACAACCAGUCAGAUGACUCGGGCGAUGAGGAGCCUGCCUCGCAGUCAGACAAGAGCGAGCUGCACGGCACGUUGAAAACCCUCUCGAGUAAGCUGGAGGAUCUGAGCACUUGCAAUGACCUGAUCGCCAAGCACGGGGCGGCCCUGCAGCGCUCGCUCAGCGAGCUGGAGAACCUCAAGCUGCCGGCUGAGAGCGGCGAGAAGAUCAAGGCGGUGAAUGAACGUGCCACGCUCUUCCGCAUCACUUCCAAUGCUAUGAUCAACGCUUGCCGUGAUUUCCUGGAUUUAGCCGAAACUCACAGCCGGAAAUGGCAGCGGGCGCUGCAGUAUGAGCGGGAGCAGCGCAUCCGGCUGGAGGAGACCAUCGAGCAGCUAGCCAAGCAGCACAACAGCUUGGAGCGAGCCUGCCGCGGAGCCCCUGGCCUCUCCUCCAGCACCACGGGCAUCACCAGCACAACCAAGGGGAGUGUGCAGUCUGCGAAAGGAGAGGCCAGUGAUGAAGAUGAAGAGACAGAGUAUUUUGAUGCCAUGGAGGAUGCACCAGCUUUUAUCACUGUAACCGCAGACCCCAGGCACCACAGGCGUUCGGGCAGUAACCUGAGUGGAGCCAGCGAGGGCCACUCCGAGGACUGGACCCUGGAGGACAGCGUCUUUGAAAGCUCAAAUCAAAGCAGCUACAAUGAAUCCACUUGCAAAGAUCUCCUGCCGAAGAAAAGGAGACGGAGCCGCAUCCCCGACAAACCCAACUACAGCCUUAACCUCUGGAGCAUCAUGAAAAACUGCAUUGGCAAAGAGCUCUCCAAGAUCCCCAUGCCUGUGAACUUCAACGAGCCGCUCUCCAUGCUGCAGAGGCUGACAGAGGACCUGGAGUACCACGAGCUGCUGGACAAGGCGGCCAAGUGCGAGAGCUCCACGGAGCAGAUGUGCUUUGUGGCUGCCUUCUCCGUGUCUUCCUACUCCACAACCGUCCACCGCACUGCGAAGCCCUUCAACCCACUGCUGGGGGAGACCUACGAGCUGGACCGGCUGGAGGAGCUGGGCUUCCGCUCCCUCUGCGAGCAGGUGAGCCACCACCCCCCUGCAGCCGCCCAUCAUGUCUUCUCCACGCGAGGGUGGACCUUGUGGCAGGAAAUCACCAUCGCCAGCAAGUUCAGGGGCAAAUAUCUCUCCAUCAUGCCACUGGGUGCCAUCCACCUUGAGUUCCACUCCAGUGGGAAUCACUAUGUCUGGAGGAAAGUCACCUCCACUGUUCACAACAUCAUCGUGGGCAAGCUCUGGAUUGACCAGUCUGGUGAAAUAGAGAUUGUUAACCAUCAGUCAAAAGAUAAAUGCCAGCUGAAAUUUACCCCCUACAGCUACUUCUCCAGGGAUGUUCCCCGAAAGGUGACGGGGGUGGUGAGUGAUGCCGAUGGCAAGGCGCACUAUGUCAUGUCCGGCACGUGGGAUGAGAAGAUGGAGUGCUCCAAGAUCGUGCAGAGCAGCCACGGCAGCACCAGCAUGGAGGGGAAGCAGAAAACUGUCUACCAGACGCUGUCUCCAAAGGUCCUGUGGAAGAAGUACCCCCUCCCGGAGAACGCUGAGAACAUGUAUUUCUUCUCGGAGCUGGCCCUCACGCUGAACGAGCCCGAGGAGCGCGUGGCUCCCACCGACAGCCGCCUGCGCCCCGACCAGCGCCUCAUGGAGAGCGGCCGCUGGGACGAGGCCAACGUGGAGAAGCAGCGGCUGGAGGAGAAGCAGCGAGCUGUGCGGCGCAGGAGGGAGGCCGAGGCCGUGGAGGCCCUGGAGGAAGGCAAGGACUAUGAGGGCUACAUCCCACUGUGGUUUGAGCGCAAGGUGGACACCGUGACGGGGGAGCUCAUCUGUGUCUAUAAAGGUGGCUACUGGGAGGCCAAGGACAAGCAGGACUGGAGCAUGUGCCCCGACAUCUUCUGAGCCACCCCGGGGUGGCCUCUGCUCACUGGGACAGACAGAAGGACAGCGAGGCCACGCUGGCAGCAUCCCGCUGGCGCUUGACAGGGCAAAUACAUCCCCCCCGAGUCAGCCCCUGCAGGAAUGUGAGAAGCAAACGUACCCAGGGACUCCAAACCUAUUUUUUUACGCACUAACAAAUGGAUGGUGGGGUUCACUGAUGGGUUUGCAGCAGCUGCCGAGGCGAGAGGGCACCCGAGGCUGGCUCCAUCCUACCCGAAUGUGUUCGCUGCUGUCAGGAGCUGCUGCCUCUGUCUUGCAGCAUCUCGGCUGUGCUGGCUGAGACGUCGACUUCCAAAGAUGCUCACGCUGUGGGGAUGCGGUGCACUCAUGUGAGCUCUUCCCUUUGACCUGGUUUUCUCUUUUUUCCCCCAUCUGUGUGGACUUGAUGGAAUUACUUUAUUUUUUUACAUUGGCUCCUGGUUCAGGUUCCCUCAAAGAGGGGCACAAACAACACGGUGUCCUGCUUGGAAAACUGUCCCCAGGGGCUGUGACGCUUGAUCCUGGAGGCUUUUGGUGGGUCCCACAGUGCCCAGUGUUCCCAGUAGCAUCAAUUUGGAUAUUUCAGCUGUGACUUUGGGUUUUUGGCCAUUUUCUUUAUUUUAAAAUCGCUGGAGCAGAUUCCCUGCAGUCUGCUGUGCUUAGCCAAGGUUUGGGACUGUCUUUAAUAUGAUGCUUUGUUAGAAUGAUUUGAGUGAGGUUUGGGUUGGUUUGGUUUUCCUGCAACCACAUCCAAAGGAGAAACAGCCUUGCCGAUGUUGGGAAUGCUUGGCAGACCCAGGGCAAAGAGGUUUGUCCCCAGUAAUGCUCUAGGGUCCACAUUCUGGCUCUCUCCCGCUCCAUACCACUGCAGCCAAGGGGCUGAACCUCGGUGCUGGCUCCGUAGGCAGCAUCUCCCUGCUGAGCUCUGCCAGACACCGGGAGGGAAGAGGUGCCAUGGUGCCAAUGGGAUGGAGCCUCCCUGAGGCAGAGUCUUGGUCCUGCGUCUCCCAUCCCUGUGUCUUCCCCAUCAAGCCAUGCAGCUCUGGUCCAUAGUCCCCUGGCAUGGCGGGGCUGAGCCCGGAGGGCACCCACAGCCCAGCUCCCUUCAUCCUCCUCUCUUGUGGCUGCUCUAUCCCAGGAGCAGUUUCAGGUAAUCACUAAAGCAGCCUGAGCAUGGGGCUGGGGGACCCCCACGUCCCUCCUGGCCCCUCCUGCAGCCCUGGACCUGCCGGGAGGAGCAGAGCAAUCCCUGCUGAUGAUCGAUGAGGACCAGGAGCGAGCGGUGCUGGGGCAUGGAGCAGGAGGACGGAGGUGGAAGGUCCCGAAGGUGGGAUCCUCUGGGCCAGAGAGUGUGAGGGACCUGGACGUUUGCGCUGUCAGAUCUCAUUUUGAUGUCUUCACCAUAUCACCCACUGCUGCCUCGCAGGGCUCAGAGCCCCCCCGUAGCCGGCCUGUGUCACAUCCACAUUGGAAGAUAAUUAGCAAUAAUGAACUUUGAGGCAAUGGCAACUGGAAUCCCCAGGCUGCACAUGGGACAUGUAUGCAAUCAGGUUCUUCAACCAUCAGUCUCCUCCUGGUUGGCUUCUCCUCCAGCACCUUCCAUACCCAUUCUUCACAGCACACCUACGUGUACAGUAUAUAUAGACCGUGUACGGCAUAACAGUAGUGAGUUGGCUCUUGGGAGUGGCAACACCCACUGAUUCCCAUGUACCCUUUAAUCUUAUUUAUUUGCUUCUAAUUUAUACAUAUAUAUAUAAAUAUAUAUAAAAUUAUUUUGCUUAAAUUUCUAUGGUACACAAUAGAUGAAAAAUAAUGAAGACAGAAGUGUCUGUCUGAGUUUUUGUAGCACCAUUUCCCUGGGCUCAUCCCAGAGGUAGGAUGUAGGACUGAUGGCAGCCAAGUAACUCCCAAAAUGGAGAAGCAACAUGUUGCUCCAGAGCUGGAUGCGAGAGCGUUCAGGUGGUGUUACACAGGCAUCCCCUUCUGGAAAUGAUGUGUUUGGGGUUUGAAGGGAGGUGCUCUGUGUCCCCCCACUUGCUCCAGGCCACUUACUGGCUCCAUGGGCAUUGCAGCGUCGUUUGUGGUGGCAACCAAAGUUGCCCAGGGUGGGGCUUAUUGUGAAAGGGGCUGGAAAUGGAGCUCUUCAGAUGCCUCAUGUGCCCUGUCUGCUCUGUCAGUGCAGCUGGAGAGCUGAGGAGCUCCUGCCCCGGCUUUUCCUGAUUCAGGAUCUGAGUGUUCCCGCGAUGGAGGAGAGCUCAGUAAGUGCUGGCACCGAGGGUCCUGCUGGGCUCUGGGAGCCCAGGACAUCCUCUCUGCUGUACCCCCAUUGCUGCUGCUGUUUUGAAUGCCCAUCCCAGACCCUGCUCAGCCCCGUGGGCAGCGCCAGGAGCACCCCCAAGGCAGAAUUCCCCCUUUUUUAGGCUGAUUUUAAGAAUUCCUCUCUCUUCUAGAGACCUCCUAAUGGCAGCACUUACCCACAGCACAUCCCCUGCUCUUUCUAUUGCCCCUCCCCGAGGAUUUUAAUGUCAUUCCACUGUAAAUGCUGUCAAAUGUAUUUCUUUUGGAACAAUAUAUUGUGAGUGAUCCCUCUUCUCCUACACGGAAAUAAAACUUGGAUUCGGGAGUUUUAAAAGCC